GCGCGUUGAGGAUUCAGUAAUCCGUCAGCCAUCUGCCGCAGUCAGUUAGCUCCAGCGAGAAAGGAAAAUGGAGGAUUGACCGAAGAAAGCGCGAGGGCAUAUCAUCGGUAUUUCUAGCGUAUCCAAUUUGUUUUACCAAGACUGAUGAUUGCUGCUGCAAAGACUUUGUUUGGUUUGAAGGCGCCCUCUGCCACCCAUCACCGCUGAACUGCAGACAUUCAGUUUGAAAGUAGUGGUUGACUCCAUCAUCUAUGGAUGAGAAUGUGAGCCCUGAGCUCUCUCUAGCUCCUGUGCCAGAGCAGAGCCAGGACCGUAUGGAUAGCUGCUCUCAAGAUGUUGAAGAAGGGGAUAGCGAACAGAAGGAACAUUUUCAAACUGAAAGCGAGAAUGUAUCUAAAGAGACACUAGAGGAACCAGAGAAAUCAUCCAAGGCCAACAGUGAGCUAAAGAAGACUUGGGGUUUCCGCCAGUCCACUGUUGCAAAGAGAGAAAUGCCGGUGGAGGCCGUAACCAAUAGCUCUGAAAGCCGCUGUCCUGUACGGCGUAGUGGCAGGCAGUCAAAGCGUACGGACAAACUUGAAGAAUUCCUCUUGACUGCCAAAAGAGGGCUAAGAAGGAGCGCCCCCCCCAGUCUGGAAAGUGGAGAUCCUCCUUCCCAAACCCCAACUGAUGCAGAGACCGCCUCAGAGGCCAGCUUCGAUGGUAAUUCAGACACCAAGGCUGUAGAGGACAAGGUGGAGUCCCCGGAGAGGAGGACGAGAAGUGGCACAAGGAAGCAGACUCUAAGGCAAACUCGUGGUGGCAGGCAGACGAGAGGGGGUGGUGGAGCGACAGCCAACGAUGAGGGCAGCUCUGAGAAUGAUGAGGAGAGCAGAGAUCAUGACAAGGAAGACCAGUUACAGGAUAACAAUGGGGAGAACAAAGAUGAAAAGAAUGACCCCAAGCCCGAAGAUGUAGGGACUACCAACACUGCAGAGCGUCCGCCAGAGCUGGACUCUGAGCAGAAAGAGGUUGCCGAGGAGAAAGACGAACAAGAGGAGAAAAGUGACGAAGCCGAAUCGGACGAGGAAUCUGACGAGGACAGUGCAGACCAGCCUGCUGCAAUGGUGGUAAAACGUGGACCAAUCAGAACCUAUGUCAACAAAAAGAAGGCAGCCAAUAAGAACAGUACCCCUGUUAAAGCUCCUGCCAACAAGUGCAACAUUCCUGUCAAGAGGGAAGCUUUACCUACACCUCCCCAAGCGGCUGGAAAGCCUGGCAACCCCCAGAUGCAGGAGGACAUCGAUGAUGAGAAUGACUCGUCAACAUCUUCGUCUUCAUCUUCAUCAUCCAUUGACUCUGAUGAAGGAGGAUACGACCCCAAUGCCCUUUAUUGCAUCUGUCGUCAGAAACACAACAAAAGGUUUAUGAUCUGCUGUGACCGCUGUGAGGAGUGGUUCCACGGAGACUGUGUGGGCAUCACCGAGGCCCGUGGACGCCUGAUGGAGAGAAAUGGGGAGGACUACAUCUGCCCCAACUGCACUGCUAAGAAAAACCAGGUGGUCAGGCCCGCGACAUCUGUCCUCUCAACAAGUACAGAGGUUGGGAAGACCAAAACUGACGUUGGCUCUCCCACUGCUUCUGCUAUGACCUCGUCUGCAACCGGUGAGAAAGCAAAUAUGAGUGGAGCCGACACCAGUCCUUCAGCUGUUCAGGCUUUGGCAGCGGCCCUGUCCUCCACAUCCACUGGAACUGUAUCAGAGGAUGUGGGCAUCAAAGGCAGAAUAGAGAAAGCUAUUAAUCCAACUGGGAAAAAGAAGAUAAAGAUCUUUCAGCCGGCGUUGCAGCACUCAGCCCUGCCAAAAUCAGACCAGAGAGUGGCACUCGUGGUGGAGAAGAGAGCAGCGGCCGCAGCAGAGCAGAAGGCAUCACCAGACAUUGAGCAGAAAGUGGCGUCCAAUGUGGAGGUGAACACAUCACAAACAGCGGAGGUGCCAGAGAAGACGUCUAAGCCGAAGCCUCAGGAGGACUCCGCCUCUCCCAAAUGUAUCGGUCCAGGCUGCGAGAAUAACGCCCAGCCAGAUUCUGUGUACUGUGGAAACGACUGUAUCCUGAGACACGCUGCCGCGACUAUGAAGUCCAUCACUGACAUCAAAGAGGCUCCGAAAACCAAGUCCACACCAAAGAGGAGCGCCUCUGGUGGGAAGAAGACGCAGAAGACGACUCGGGACGAGUCUGACUCUGACGAAGACUACAGCCCUGAUCCAGAUGAGGAGGAUGAUGAAGAUGAGCAUGCUGAGGAACACCCGCCCCCGCCAGCCACUGCGUCCUGGUCCAGCGACCAUAAUUACAUUGCAGUAACACCAGAAAAGACUACACCCAUAUCACCAACAGUUUUAAACAAAAAGUCCCCUCCCAAAGAGGAGAAGCCGAGUGAGAAGGAACCGAAAGAGAAGGAACCAGCCGCGGCUCCUGAGAAGCCUUCCCCAGCAUCUGCAACACCAGUCAAAGGAAACAAGAAAUCCCCGUCCACUAAAGCAGCAAAGGUUUCCCCGAAGGGCAAGAAGCCUAACCUUAGAGCAUCCAGCUCGAAGACUUCCAAGAAACCUGCGACGCCCCCCAGUAAACCUGCAGCCAAGUCCAAGAAACCAGCCCCGUCGCCUGCCCACGCCUCGUCGUCCUACCCUCGGGGUCCGAUCCACGUCACGGGAGCACUGAGAGUCAUCAAGUCCAACUUCACCAUUCCUAAGAAGCAGCCACAGCAGAAGGACACUCAAUCCCACAGUCAGUCCUCCUCGUCCCCUAAAGUCCCAUCAUCCAAAGUUUCCUCAGCUCCCUCCAGCCACUCAUCGUCAUCCAGACACUCGCAUCCACCUUCGUCGGCGGCUCCUGUGUCCACCAUGCCACCUCCACCCAACAACCAGAUGAGACAGAACAUCCGCCGCUCGCUCACCGACAUCCUUUUUAAGAGGGUGAGCGACAGCGAUGACCUGAAAAUGACCGAGAGUGAGGUGGGACGGCUGGCAGUUGCAAUUGAGAAGGAAAUGUUCAACAUCUGCCUCAGCACCGACAGCAAGUACAAGAACAAAUACAGGUCCCUCAUGUUCAACCUGAAGGAUCCUAAAAACAAAGGCCUGUUCUACAGGGUUGUGGGUGGUGAGGUUAGUCCCUUUAGACUGGUGAGACUAAGCGCCGAGGAGUUGCUUUCUAAAGAAAUCUCUGAGUGGAGGAAACCUGACGCUCCCGGGGCCCAGUCCCCCAGAGUUCAUUCAGGCCAGUCCAGACUGGGCAACAGGCAUGACUCUAGCUCCCAUAGCAUGGAUGCCGAAGACGCUCCACCAACAUCCGAUGCAGAUGUAUGUAUUGCCUCCACUGCUUCAUCUCGCAUGGCUUCCGCUGCAGACCAAGACGAGCCCGUCUCAGCUCAGUCCUCUGCUGGCGAGGGGGGCAGUGGCAGCAGCAUGCCAGACAUUUUCAGUAACAUGCUCAAAGACACCACUUCAGAACACAGGACUCAUCUGUUUGACCUCAACUGUAAAAUAUGCACAGGUCAGAGGAUGGAAGAUGAGCCAGCAUCUAAGAAAGCCAAACUGACUAAGAAGCCUGAAACUAGGCCUUCGAGACAAGAGCUGCAUUUAUCCAGGUCCGACGAUGUCUCUUCUGUGGGCCAAUCACAGGACGCCGUGGUCAACCAGCACCAAGACCCCUCAGCCUACCAACACCCGGUCCCUCUGUCUUACCAGUCUAACAUGGAUGUCACUGAAUCGCAGCAGCAGCUUUACCAGGAGGACCUCAGCAGGCUGGCGCCCCAAGCCCAGGCCCCCACACCUGUCGCCCCCGCCGUUUCCUGUGUCAGCAUCACCCGCAGAGACCCACGCAUGGCCAGGCACAGCUCCAGUGUGACUGUCACCUACACUGCUCCGGAAAAGCCCACCAACAACUUAGCAGAACCACUCCCUGCUCCUGUUAUUGCUCCAGUGGAGGUUGUACCUAAAGUGCCACUGCCGAUGCCCCCGGCUUCACCAUCUUCAACGGCUGCCUCCAAGUCAUCGAAAACAAGUUCAUCUGAGCCUCCCGAGGGUGAGACGGCAAUUUUCCUCCAUGGGCAAGAAAAGAUUUGGAAAGGAUUUAUCAACAUGCAUAUGGUGGCUAAGUUUGUGACCAAGGCUUACCUGGUGUCAGGAUCCUUUGAACACCUGAAGGAGGAUUUGCCAGACACCAUUCAUAUUGGAGGACGAAUACCUCCAAACACAGUGUGGGACUAUGUUGGGAAGCUGAAGACUUCGCUCUCCAAGGAGCUGUGUCUGAUCCGCUUCCAUCCAGCUACAGAGGAAGAGGAGGUGGCGUACGUGUCUCUCUUCUCUUACUUUAGCAGCAGGAAAAGAUUCGGUGUGGUGGCCAAUAACAACAACCGCCGCAUCAAAGACCUCUAUCUCAUCCCACUGGGCUCAAAGGACCCUUUACCCUCCAAACUAUUACCGUUUGAUGGGCCAGGGCUUGAACCUGCUCGCCCCAACCUCCUCUUGGGGCUGUUGAUCUGCCAGAAGGACAGAAAGCGUGCUGGUGCUCCAUUGGAAACUGAGGAGAAACGGUCCAAGAUUCAAACCAAAGACGCUGAUGACACUGGCCUUCAAAAGCCAUCUCCCUCGGUCAGAGCAGAGAGAAGCGCACGGCAAAGUCUAGAAAUCCCCUUCAGUACAACUCCCCCAGGAUCACCACCAUCAAGCUCCUCUGACACGUCAAGCAGCACUGUGACAGCCGCCUCAAUCCUUUCCCUCCUGUCCUCUGUCAAAGCUCAACCCACAUCUUCUACCACUGGCAAAGACUCCCCAUCCAGCUCUACUGCUGCUGCUGCAGCAGCUGCCUCUCCUCUUCAGACCAUCCUCAACACUCUUUUUAGGACAAAAAAAAUGGACUCAGAAGCUUCUAACUCUCCAUCUGACCAGGGCGGAGAACUCACAAUCCCACCAGCUACUAUGCUAAACCCCAUUGUGAAGCAGUAUUCACAGAUUCCUAAGGACAAAACGGUGCUGGAGGAGGAGGAUGAAGAUGACCGACCAUAUGACCCAGAAGAAGAGUAUGAUCCCGGUAGGGGUUACAAUGUGCCCAGUAAGGCUGUUGAGAUAGUAAGCAAACCUGAAGUCCCCAAGCAGCCCGAGGUGGUUACGAGUGAAGCUGACGAUGUGGCAUAUGACCCAGAGGAUGAUUCCAUAUUUGAAGAGGUGAAAACUUUAGUCCCAGUUCAAGCUAAGGCUGUGGCUGAAUGUAAAACCGAUCCACAAAAGAUCCUGGAGAGCCUUAAACAGAUUGCGGAUCAGACAGUCCAGAAACAGGGAGAUCAGCAAAUUUUAUCUGCAGGGACACCUAGUGCCGCACAGACACUGCCAGACACACUCUUAACUCAACCUACCAAAUCCCUUUUGGCCAAUAGCCAACUACUACAGCUUGGCAAACAGGUGGAGGCACUAGUAAAGUCUUCACCCGUUGCUCCGUUGAUCAACCAGAGGAGAGAUCCUCGUCAGAGCAGGGAUCCUCGCCAGGCUUCCGCCGGCGGUAGACCGACUGAUGAACCUGAGGAGAAAGAGGAGACAUCUGCUCUGUUGGCAGAUUCUUCUCUUCCCUCACAGCCACUGCUGCCCGAAGUUCCUGAACUCCCUGACUCGACACAAGGCGAAGAGACAGCACUGCUUCAAGAGGAAGUGAAAGGUGAGAUCCUGCCCUUCAUGGAGUCAGACAAGGCAGAGGUGUCAAUUCCUUUAUUAGGAGAGGAGGUGGAACCUGAUAUGGAGGUCAACUACAUGGAUGAGAAAGAAGUGAAAAAUGAGAAAGCGGAGCCAGUCGAGACAGAAACAGAGCUGGACAAGUACAGUAUUUGGCCAAACGCUGCCAGUAUUUUAAAAGGUGGUGAAGACUUGUAUGAGGAGAAUAGCCAAGAUACACCAGCUAGAAGCUAUUAUGAGGAGUCUGAAAACGCCUCAAUAACUUCGACAAUCCCAGUGCUCACUCAGAGCACGGCAAUGAUUGAGACACAUCACGUGUCGCGUCACAUGUCAGCACCUGGCUUUGACAGUGAGUACAGACAUCAGGCUGACAUUCCCCCUCCAUCCAACUUCCCCCCACCUCAUCAGAUGCGAGGACAAAACGUGAUGAUGAGGCUUCCACCAAUGUCUAUGCCGCCACCCAUGCAAGGUCUUCCUCCAAUGUCAGGGCCCCCUCCUAUGCAGGGACCUCUCCCGCCCAUCCAUGUUCCUCCUCCUGUACGUGCUCCUCCCCCGAUGCAAGGUGACAGCAGUCAGCAAUAUGGCCGACCUCCGGCUGCAUACCCUCCCUAUCAGAACCAGUGGCCAGGCACCCAGCCACUGCCGCCGCAGCAGCAGCAGCAGCAUCAGCAGCAGCAUCAGCAGCAGCCACUUCCUAGACCACCUCCUCAGAACAUCCUGCCACACAGGGGACCACCACCAUUCCCUCCAGUGGCCCAAAGAGGUCCUCCUCCUCAAAUGUUUGACUUCUCCCAUCCCCCUCAACCCAUUGGACAACAAGGUCCCCCUCUAGGUCCCCCUCUAGGGCUUCCCCCACCUCGUACUUAUGAUGGACAAAACAACUUACCUCCGCCCAGAUUCUCGGGUCCACCACCACCACCACCUUUUAGUUUCCCUGCAAAUAGAGAUCCCCGUCCACCUUUCACAGGUCCUCCCCCUGGUCACUUUGAGAACAGGCUUCCCCCUCCGUCACACUUCCCUGGGCCUAGGGGAGCCCCUCCCUCUCAGUACAGUGACCUCCGGACCCAACCCCAAUUGGUAGACCAACCCAGAGGCCCUGCAGAACAGUAUAACAAAGACACAUCUAACUCUUUCAAGCUUAAUUUGGACCAGAAUCCAAAUCCUCACCAUAUCUUUAAAGACAAUCAGGGCCUCCUGCCAGGUCCUGCAUACCGGGGACCUCCACCUAAGCAGUAUGAGGAUAGAAGACCUCCCAUUGGAGAAAUGAGUGGACAACACUUCAGUCAGCAUAACCAGUAUGGGAGCUCCAGGCCACUCUCCUCUCCACCACACCGAGGAUCUUUUGAUGAACACAGAGGUCCUCCGCUGCAGGAGAAUAGACCUCAUCUAGCUCUGCCUUUUGGAGGAUCAGAACGCUACCGCUUCGAUAGGCUCUCAGAUGAGGCGAGGCCUGUACGCCACAGCGGGCCGCUACUGCCAACUCCUCCAGAGGCCCCCAUAGGCCCCCCAAGUCGCAUAGGGGCCCACAGUCCAGAUCUGCACAGGGAUGAUCACUGGCGCCGUCACUCUCCUGAAAUGAGGAGGAGGAGCAGCACCACCACCCAUGAGGACUUAGAACCUCACAUUGGAGAUCGCUUUAGUCGCUUUGAAGGAGGGCACAGGGAACCUGAUCCUGGUCCCUUGCAACCCCCGGAAGAGAGAGUGAUGGAGCUGUUCGAGGAACGCAGGAGGGAAAGAGAGCGGGAAGUCCCCCAUGCUGGUAGGCCACCAUGGGAAAGGGGGCAGGGAAAACGGUGGAGCCGAGAGCGAGAGUGUGACAGAGGCAGAGAAAGGGAUCGGGAUCAAGAGCGUGGCCGAGAAAAAGACCGGGAUCAAGAGCGUGGCCGAGAAAGAGACCGGGAUCAAGAGCGUGGCCGAGAAAGAGACCGGGAUCAAGAGCGUGGCCGAGAAAAAGACAGGGAUCAAGAGCGUGGCCGAGAAAAAGACAGGGAUCAAGAGCGUGGCCGAGAAAAAGACCGGGAUCAAGAGCGUAACCGAGAAAAAGACCGGGAUCAAGAGCGUAUCCGAGAAAAAGACCGGGAUCAAGAGCGUAACCGAGACAGAGACCGGGAUCAAGAGCGCAGCCGUGAAAGAGACCGGGCUCAAGAGCGCAGCCGAGAAAGAGACCGGGCUCAAGAGCGCAGCCGAGAAAGAGACCGGGCUAAGGAGCGCAGCCGAGAAAGAGACCGGGCUCAAGAGCGCAGCCGGGAAAGAGACAGGGCUCAGGAGCGCAGCCGAGAGAGAGACCGCAGCAGAGGGAGGGAGGCCGAUAGGCAGAGGGAGAUGGAGGGAGAGCGACACAGGGAGCAGGAGACAGACAAGAAGAGGGAACGGGAGAGAGACAAAGAAAAGGACAAGGCCAGGGAAAGAGACUCUGACAGAAAGGAGCACGACAGAGGGAAGAACCGUGACCGUGAGCGCGAGCGAGACAAAAAACGGGAUAGGUCCAGAAGCAAGGACCGGGAGCGAGACCGGGAGCGUGAUCGUGACCGUGGGAAAGAUCGGGGCAGGGACAGAGACCGUGACAGGGAAAGGGAGAAGGACAAGGACAAGGACAAGGGCAGAGAUCGUCGGGACAAGAGCCGAAGCCGGGAAAAGAGAGAGGAGAGAAAGGACAAUAAACACAACACAACCAAGGAUGGUGAUAAAACUGCAGAAAAAGACAAAAGCACGUCCUAGUCUCUGUUUCACAGACACUAUAUUACUGUUUUGAGACUCUGAAAUCUUUCACCAGUUGAAAUCAUCACUGUAAACGCAGCAUUUAGUUAAAUUUCCACACUUGUGUUCCCACUUUAAACAAUGUUUGUAUUAUCUUUGUCACCUAAGGGUCCUGUGUUUGUUUAAAUCACGUUUGAAAAAAAGAAAAAAAAUGAAGGCCGUCUAAGUUACUUGUUUAGAACAUGUUUCAAGUAGGUCAUUGAGUCCUAUCACAUGUACCUCCCUCAUGUCAGCACAGUUAAAAAAACAAUAAUGCAACCGAUUAACAGACCAUUUGUAAUAUGUAAAUAUGAAUAUAUUUGUGUAUAUACUGAUGUUUUUAAUCAUACUUUUCUAAGUAGAGAAAAUCAAAGCCAUAUAUCUGAGAUGGAUAACGUGGACGGAGGGGCAACACUGUUGAUACACCAAUGUGUGUUUAUGUCAAGCAGCUUUGAACACAAGGCUUCAACUAUUUACAGUAUGUACCCUUCAGUGGUUGUUAAUGACAUGUCUUGAGUUUGUUUCAGUUCAACUAAUAAAAACCAGUUUGACAUUUA